AAUGGCGUCAUCACUGCUGAUGACAGAACAUUUAAUCCAAAAAUAUUAAAGUUUUUGUCUUAUUCAGAAAUUGAGAAAAUAUUACAAAGAUGCUUUGUAUAUGAGGUUGUGCCGUCACCAGCAGGCAUAUUUUACUCUAUCAUGUCAUCAGACAGCAAGAGACAUUGUUGCAUGUGCAACACCUGCAAUGGGAAAUUUGUGAACAUAAAGACCUUUCGUUUACACUGCAAGAAUGCACAUGAUGAACAUAUAAACAAUUUGGCAGAUGUGCAGAACUUCUCUGAUGUAGACCACCUUUACAAUUUGCAGAAAAGCCAGGAGAAAGAUGUUUAUCAGACACCACUUUUUGAUGGAUCUUCAAGAACAAUAUUUGACGCAAUAGCAGAACAUAUGCUAAUUUUUUCAACGAACAAUGGCAUGUCAAAAGCAGCUCUGACAGAGUGUUUACAGCAUGAGAAACAUAUCCUUCCACAGCCUAACCUUCUUCCAGCAACCUAUAAAGAAGCACUUAAUAUCAUCAAGCCACUUCUGAUGCCAAUUAUACAGUACAAAUGCUGCAUUAAUGACUGCAAAUGCUUCCCAAUAAAUGAUGAUGUCCGCAAUUGCUCAGUGUGUAACGAACUGCUACAUUACAAAGACAGUAAUAGGUGUAGGAAAACUUACAACUACAUGCCUGUUGUUCCUAGGAUCUACCGCUGGUACGGUACAAAAAAUCUUGCAAAACUUAUACAUGCAGAUAAGGUGAAAAUAAAUGGCCAACUUAGUGACUAUACUGAUGGUAAAAUAUUCAUAGAUCAGAUGAAACAUGGUAUUUUUAAAGAUUCUGAUGUAUCUAGCUGUGUACCACUAGCUUUGUUCACAGAUGGAGUUAAUCCAAAUAAAAACACUGCAGCCUUAAAAUCGAUGUGGCCUAUCAUUCUUACUUGGAUAACUCUUCCACAGGAUAUCCGCUAUGUCUUAGGUCCAAUGAUGUUAUUGGGAAUCGUACCAGGUCAUGGACGUAAAGAACCAAAAUCUCUUGACCCCUACAUAUCGAUUCUAGUUGAUGAACUACUUGUGAACAUGGAAUCAAAGAUGUAUGACUCCCAUAAAGAGGCACCUGUAACUGUGAAGAUAGCUUUGCUGCAGUACUUAUGCGACAUCCCUGCUUUUUCCAAGCUGCUGCAUUUAUCAGGCCAAGCUGCAUUGAGAUCCUGUGUGUUUUGUAAAGAAGAUGGUGUCCGAAGCAACACACUGAACAAGACUUUACAUGUAUGUAAUAGGCAAUUUUUACCAGCAGAUUCACCACUACGACUUGAUAGUAAAUCAUUUGCCAUAAAGAGUGCAAUAAACAGUACCAGACCUGAGUCUUUCACUAAUGAGGAAGAAAUGGCAGCAAGACGGGAGUUUGACCAAAAACCAAACAAAAAUCAAAAGACAAAUUUUCAAAAGCAAACUGGUGUAAAGGGUAUCCAUCCACUUACUUCACUACCAUAUUUUGAUAGACUUAAACAGAUGCAGACUGAUGGCAUGCACACUAUCUCUGAUGUCAUCAGCAACAUCCUAGACUUGAUAAGUGGCAAGACAGACACCAUUAAAGUUCGUAACUGUGAGAAACAACACCAACGAUUUGAAGAGACAUGGCCAAAUAUGAAGAGAAAGGCACCAGAUGCACCUUGUGUCAAUCCAUCAAAGCAGCGCAAGAAAACUCAACUGCCAAAACCCAAAUCUACUCCCACUAGUCUUGAAGAGGCACCUACAAUACCAGAGGCACCUACAAUACCAGAGGCACCAUGGUCACUUUCCAAAUUAAAAAUUAAGGUUGCAGACAAAAGAGCUGGUUCAAUAGAAUACCCAAAAGGUUUUGACUACACUCCAGCUGAUCACUUCACCCGACAAUGGACUCUGAGAACCAUGCAUGGAAAGCAACAAUUUGUGACCUACAAUGUAGCUGCCUGGUGUUUGAGAGGACUACUUGGACAUCAACAGGAACAAACCCUUUUCCAACUGUUUACUGUUCUUAGUCGACUGGUUAAACCAACCUUCAUGAAAGAUGAAAUACCAUCAUUGAUAGCAGACACUCAUCUUGCUGUGGCAUUGCUUGAAAGGGAUUUUCCACUCACUUUACAGAACUUGACCACCCACUUACUUCAUCACAUUCCUGAAGGCUAUAAUGAUUUUGGGCCAUUGUACGACAGAUGGUUGUAUCCAUUAGAAAGAGCAAAUAGUUGGAUUACAAGACAGAUCGUGCAACAUGGUCAUGAGGAGUCAACAGUUAUGCAAACAUAUCGUAUUUAUGAUUGGAGUGUGUUUAAUUUAUUAAGCGGUACAGUUAAACAAGAAACAACUGAUAGGCAGACAUCACUUCGACGAAUUGUCAAGAAGAUAUGCAAUUCAGAAGAAGACUUGCUAAAAACCAACAAACAUUCAAGUAAGACAAUGCUUCCAACUGAUCACAUCAAAAUAAUCAAGGAAAAGUAUUGCAAAAUAUUCAGCAAUUCUGACAUUGAAAUGUGCGACAUUGAUCCAGUUGUAGAAUCAAUACAAACAACAACAAGAUACGACAAAACCAAAAGAAAGGACAUUUUCUUUGCCACAGAGUCCCAUCAAAUUUCAGCAAGAUCAUGUGAUUUUAUAAUUCAUACAAGAGAUCCUUCAAAGGUUUUUGGCAAAAUAAAAAAAUUGUACAGACAUUCAUUUAGGAACAAUGUGUACACCUGGGUACUGCUGGAUCGUUUUCCAUUAGCAGAACAAUGUGGACUAUUUUGGUUUUCUGAAAACAAGACUUUAAUGACAAAUCUUUGCCUGUUGAGUGACAUAAGCGAUCCACUUGUUUCUGCUGUCGAAGAGGACAAUCGUUGGUUUUUGAAUGUAUGAUUAAAUUAGUGAUAACAUCUAUCGUACAUAAGGAUCACCACACAUAAGAAUUUUAGGAUGUGCCUGUGCCUCAUAUGCAGGAUACCUUUGUGUUUUUAAAACUUCCUAAAUAAAAUAAAUAAAUUUUUCAUGGACUGUAUAAAGUGUGCACUUGCUUUCACAGUCAUGACAGUGUAGGAUAUCUGUAGUUUUAAAUUUUCCUAAAUUAAUGAAUAAUUUUGAUGGGAACAACUUUAAAUUGAUAUAAGCCUCUUGAUGUAUACAUUAACAGUUUAAAAUUUAUUCAGAUAUUUCUAAAUGAAAUAAAUAACUUUUUGUGGCAAUCAAAAUGUAUGCCUGUACCUUGUGCUGGGUACUUUUGCUGUUUCAAAUUUUCUUAAUUUAAAUACUUCAUUUUUAUAAUUGAAUAAGAUAUAUCUGUCUCUUGUGUGGGGUACUUUUUGAUAUUAUUUUUUCCUGAUCAUAUAAACUACCAGUAUAUGUAAAUAACAAAAGAUAAUAAAAACACCUUCUCAACACUUUAUUUUUUAAGGGGAAAUUGCAUGAAUCUCUAUGUAUGAAAUAAGACCAUUUGUUUUUCUGAGAGCUGUUUAAUAAUAAUAACAAAUAUCUUUGUUAUGCCUUAUUGAUAUUGAUUAUUAAUAAAAGAAUAGCGUGUAUUUCUAUUUAAAUGCAUGACUUAGCAGAAGUUGAAGUGAAUUAAUUUAUUUAAUAAAAUUCCAUUUUGAAAUUAAUAGAAUUUGAAGAAUUUGUGGAAACUAUUCAUAUCCUGGAUUUGCUUUGUGCUGUAUUUUAACUGUUUUAAAUUUUAACACAAAUUUUGUUUAGUUUAAAGAGUAAAUGUGUGUAUAUCUGUUUUAUUAUCU